AUGAUAGCCGCGUUCGAUCAGCACGAUUACGCGGAAGUGCAGCGAUUGCUCACCGAACAUCCUGUAAGCAAUCUUUGUGCUUUGCACUGAAAAAGUAGAAAUAAGUGAUUUAGGAAGAGGUGUCGGUUCGAGAUGAGGGCGGAAGAGUCGCUUUACACUACGCCGCCUCGUGCGACGACAUCAACACGAUGAAGUUGGUGUACGUGGCGGAUAAGAGUCUUGUCGACGUGGCCGAUGAGGAAGGGUACGGAUGAUGUUGGAAAAUGAAAUUUAUGGCUUCCCUCAGACUUACACCUCUUUUCCAAUCCAUCCAGUUUGGCAAAAUCGACCACGCUGAGCAGUUGGUCAAGUUUGGAGCCAAUUUGCACCACGUGGAUUACGCGGGACGGAAUUUGGUGCACUGGGCGGUCGUGUGUGGGCAGGUUUGUCUGAAAAAGGAACUCCGGAAGUUACACUUCGAAGAGAAAAAAGGAAAAACAAAGUCUCUAUAAGUAGGUGCUAAUUUCCAGUUAGAGUCUCUCAAUUGGGCCAUUGGAAAGGAAGUCGAUGUGAACUUGAAGGACAAUACUGUAAGUGUCAGGUAGAGAGCACUUGUAAACCUCUUAUUUUUCCAUCACAGCAAAGCGGAAGCCCUCUCCAUUACGCAGUUUGCACCGAAGAUCUCCCCGUGGAAACAUCGCAGGCCAUUCUGAUCACUCUUCUCCGCCACGGAGCCGAUCCGAACGCUCUCGACACCGACAAAAGGACGCCGAUACUUUGGUGCUGUAGCAACGGAAAUUUGGAGGCGAUAAUAGCGCUGCACAACUCGGGCGGCGACCUGGCGGCCAAGGAUCGCGACCAAUUGAACACUUUGCACGGGGCCGCCAGCCACGGCUUUCACGAGAUUGUCGAGUUUCUCGUGAACCGGGUGAGCAAGUCGGUCAUCAACGAAGUGGACAACACCGGACAGACGCCGCUGUUCUACGCCGUCUCGCUGGGACACUUCGAGGCGGCGAGAGUACUGCUCCAGCACGGCGCCAAUCCCAACUUUAUCACUCCGCAACUCCGAACGCCCGCGCAUCACAGUGCGUCGAGCGGACAGCUGCGGAUGCUGAAGCUGCUGCGACAGUACGGCGCCUCGUUCGACAUUCAAAACUAUCGGGGCGACGUGCCGUUCCACGAGGCGGUGCAGAUCGGCAGCAAGGACAUGGUCGAGUGGCUGCUCGCGGUCGACGCAAAGGUCGUCGACGCGCCGAAUCACGUGGGCAGAACUCCGUUGCAUUUGGCCGCCACGCAGGGAAAUCUCGAAAUGGUCAUUCUGUUGUGCACGCACAAGUGUCAAGUCGACCCGCUUAUGAUAUGGGUAAUCUAUCGCUCAUUCUGAAAAUUAUGCAACCGUCGGAGUUCUGAGCCUUUAAAUUUGCGGCGGAUACUGCAAAUCACGAAUUUUCUGCCAUUUUUCAAACACAAAAGCGGAUUUAAGACGAAUUUUUGAGAGAAAUAAAAGGAAAUUUGCGCGUUUUGUUGACAUUUGAACAGCAAAGCCGUCGAAAAUCGGUUUUUUUUUGCUGGAAAAAGGCGAAAAAUCGAGAAAUUCGCUUCAAGUUUGAAGGCGCACAACUCCGAAGCGUGAAAAGCGAAAAGUGCAAAAUAAAAUGACGUCGUGGCCGAGUUAGUAGAAGAAUGAAAAAGCUCGGCCACAUUUCCUGUGAGAAGCAACUAUUAAACAAUGACUUCAAAUGUGUGCGCUUGAACCCCGAAAAAAAUUAGAAAAGAAACGAGAAAAACAGUCGAGGACACCGCAAGUUUCUAGCUGCGCGCGUAGGUCAAAUGAACGGCAGCGGUUCGACAAAAAGUGGGUGUACGCGACGUGUUGGCCCUCUGGGAAGACUGGCCGGGCAGAGAGAAAAAAAGAGGAACGCUCUCGCCGAGAUUGACAAGUGUAGAGUUAUUGACAGUCGGCUAUGCGGUUCUCGUGCGAACAUUAUGACCGGGCUAGGGACCGUUCAAGAAUUUCGCACCUGUCACAGAGAUCAAAAGGAGUUAUUAUAGGGGCACCGGACAGAAAGGGCGCGCUGUUCGCAAUCUGGCCGAAUUUCUAGGCCACGAAGUAAUUUUCCACUGAAAACGUGGCCUAACUUUUCAAACUCGGCCCCGAUGUCGCUCAAUUUGCACUGCAAAAAAAGUUUCUCAACAGAGCGCGAUUUCUGUGCGGUGUCCCUAUAAUAGUUCGUCAUUUUUACCCGAUUUUAACGUCAGCCUGAUCUUCCAAUGUGUUCAACUUUCUUGUUGUGCAAAAAACUUGAAUACUUUUCCAACUUUUUAAACAAUCACAGGCGUGCUCUCAUUAUCGCUCUGACUUUUCGCUCUGAACACUAAUAGGCAGAUUUCUGCAUAACCGUCCUUUUUUUCGCCCACGUGAGCCGAAAAACUCGACGAAUGCAUAAAAAGACAUUGUAUAACAUUCAGAAAGGCAAAAUAUUGACUCCACUGGACUUUGCCAUCGAACAAGAGCAUCGCGAAGUGGUCGAUUAUCUGCGAAUGUGCGCGGCCAAGUCGGCGAAGGAAUUCACGCCGGCGUACAUUUCCGAGUGGAAGAGAUCGUUCGAAUCGAUGGUCGUGGAGGCGAAGAGGCACCGAGAUCAGUUGAUGACGGAGAAGAAGGACCGGAACAGAAGACCGUCGACGACGGACGGAGUGCCCGAGCAGGAGAAGAAGGCCAAGCAGAUCGCGGAGGUCGGAGUCAAUACUUCGGUGAGUUCCAGGGCAGGGCUCGCCUGAAUCGGAUCAUUUUAUUUCAGCAACGGACGAGUCGAUCUGCGGAGGCGUCGAAACGAAAGUACUCAAAGUCGACGUCGGUGACCAAUUUGAUGGAAGUUCCAUCGGCGCCCAAGCAGGAAUUGGAGGCUCUGAAGGCGUCGAUCGAAAGUCGACAAAAAGAGGAAGAAGAGGACGAGGGCGUCGUCGACAUUCUCGAUCUAGAUGAUGAGUUUGAAGUGAGUUGGAAAAAAGAAAAGGUACGAUGCCGCGGUCAAUUGCAGAAUCUGCCGCCGAUUUCCGAUUUGUCCGAGUCUAGCACUUCGUCGAGUUCCCGCGAAAGUGAGAGUGACGAUGCGAAGAGUGAGGAGGAAAUGGAGAGGAAGAUCACUGUGAAGGAGGUGAAUGCCACGUCGUCGCAGAAUCCGAAGAAGGUGAAGAAGGAAGUGAGGAUCGAGUCGGAGAAGAAGAAGGUGAAAAAUGCGGCAAAAUGUCAGAAAUUUCGAGAAUAUAGUCAUGCUUUCAUGUCUGCUGAGCACAAAAUUCAUGAAAAGAAAACGCGUUUUCAGAAAUCGCCAACUAAUGGCACGGUAUUGAUGCGUGUGCGGCGAGAACCGGAAAUCGGAAGUGACGGAGGCGACGUGGAUAUUUACGACGACGGAGACGGACAUAAAAGCGACGACGAGGAAAAGGGACAAAGUUCGCGUAAUCGAAUCGUCACAGAUCGAUAGUAACAGUUUUUUUCGCUUCCAGCAAACGUGACCAACAAAAAGUACAUUCACGAAAGGGCGAUAUUCCAAGAGUUGACGCACCUGAAGCGGAUGCAAAUCCAGUACGGAAAGGUAGUGAAUGCGAGGGCGAAUGCGAGGGCGUUCUGGUGCCAACACGAGUUGCCACCAAAGGUGAUACCGGAUGAUAGUGAUUGUGAUUUCUGCUUCCCUCUUCUAAAUGGCUACUAACCCAAUUUGUCCGGUGUUCCGUCGCUCGGCACUUGCUUUCUUCACUUUUUCCCAAACCUGCUUCCGUUUAAAGGUCCAAGAGAAGGUGCUCGUUCGUUCGUUGAUCUCCAACUUUUGCAAGAUGCACCAUUUGGACAUUCGCAACUUUAAAUUCACGACGUUCUACGCGUGGGAACGAUUCCUCUACGGUAUUGUCGAUCGUCGAUUUGCAGACAAUUUGAGACGAUCAUUUGCAGACGCGCUUUCCGAACAACUCAAAAUUAUCUAUUUGGAGGAGCGCGAGCGGUUGACCGAGAACAAUUUGGAAACGAAACAGCAGGGAGGCUCGUUGAAGCUCAACAAAUUUGGUAGGCUUUUUUGAAACGCUAGAAAUGUGUUAUGCGCCUUUAAAUUACGGUCGUUUGUGGGUUUCUAGGCCAUAGAAAUUCGCGCAUGACGCAAAAUUUUCUAGUAACUUCUAAAAAUAGUUGAUUUUUCGCGUUGUUUUCACGAAAAACGAUAGUUUUACUUGCGCUUGACGCGUCAAAAGCGGCAAAAGCGAAAAGCGAGCGUAAUUUAAAAGCGCAUAACGGUAUCGGGUUGUUGCAGACUCGAGAAUCCGGAACAGCGUGCCGAUCACGGACAAAUUCGGCGAAAUGCAACGCGUCUACUCGCACUCGACAAUUUCGCGAAGGAAUAAGUCGGGCCACAACAACGGAGCGACGGCGAGCUCGCGGAAGCGGUGCGACUGCCUUGACAAGCACUUUUUCCUCUGAUUUACAUCAAUUUUCAGCCUAACGAGACCAUGGUACUAG